UUUUUUUUUGUAAAAGAGGGGCAAAACUAAACUCAAAAAGAAAAAAAAAUGUUGGUGGUGGUAUUGUAACCCUUAACAUGUAAUCUAGCUUAACUAUUACACUAAAUAUAAUUUAUGUCUGUGAAUAUUAUUUUUUAUAAUAUAUAUCAUAACUAAUUAAAAUAUAUAUAAUUUCUUUUUUCAAUUUUUUUUUUAAGAAGAUGACUGUCCUCUCGCUUCCAUGGGGUCCACCUCUGCAUAAAUGUGUCAAACACAACACAACUCCUUCUUCCUCAAAUAAAAGUCAAAACAAAUUUCAACACCACCCCACCAAUAUAAAAAAGAAGGGACCUCAAUCCACAAAACAUUUUCUUCAAAAAAAAGAUUUGUUGUUCGAUUCCAAAAAAUCAAGUUUGAUCUUUUUUUACCUAAUAGUAUUAUCAUCCACCCCAAAAAGAAAUUGAAAAGAGAAGACUAAAAAAGACUACCAUGCUCCGCCGCAACUAUUACACCUUUUCUCUUAUUCUUCUUUAUUAUGUCAUCAUCCAAACCCUUCAAAUCUUUAUUCUCCACUUCACCACGCAUGUGUAAAACCAAAAUGGCCACUCAAGCGGCCCAGCCCAUCUCCGCCACUACGGCCCAACGGGCCCACCACCACCACCGAGCCCAACCCAACACCUCUCCUCCUUCCUCCUCUUCUUCUCUUCCACCGUCACGAACUCAACGAUCCAACCCGCCCGAGUCGACUCGGUCCCAAAAGCAACCACACAGACCAACCACCUCCGAGGCUUCCAGCUCCACCUCUAGCGCCGCCGGCUACUCAUCUGGCUCCAGCUACAAGUUCUCCUCCGGAACCUCGAUUUCGAGCCGUACAUCGCUUACGAGUCUGCGCGAAACCCUACCUGAAAACCCUAACAUCUACGAUUUCAAAGAGAUCUGUGUAGCUACGAAUAAUUUUCUAGCUAAGCGUUAUAGUUCGUCGUCUUCGACUCCUUCUUGGCGGUGCGAUCUUCGAGGUAAGGAUGUGAUUGUGUUUCAGAGAAAGUUUUGGAGAAAGAUUGAGAUGCCUGAGCUACAAGAAAGAUUCUCUGUUAUUUGUAGGAGUCAUCAUAGUAGUAUUAUUAAGCUACUCGGUGCUUCAAUCUCUGGUGAUCAUAUUUAUUUGGUUUAUGAGUUUAUUAAUGGAGCUAAUCUCGCUGAUUGUUUAAGAAACCCUAGAAAUCCUGAUUUCACUGUUCUUUCGACAUGGUUAUCGAGAAUACAGAUCGCGACGGAUCUAGCUCACGGACUCGAUUACAUUCAUAACCAGACUGGAUUAAGCAUAAAUUUCGUUCAUAAUCACAUUAAGAGUAGUAGUAUUAUAGUUACCGAACCUUAUUUCAAUUCGAGGAUCUGUCAUUUCGGCACUGCUCAAUUAUGCGGCGAGAUCGACGAGAACGAUAACCGGAAACAAUCUAAGUCGAGAAAUGAAAUCAGUGAGAUCACGGAACCGGAUUUGAGUAGAUCGAACAGUCGGAAAACGCAAUUCCAGGGAGUUAUGGGUUACAUGGCGCCGGAAUAUCAAAUCUCCGGUGUGGCCACACAAGAGACCGACGUGUACGCGUUCGGCGUGGUGAUGUUAGAGCUCUUGUCCGGAGAUGAGCCAUUGAAGUACAGAUUCGAUAAGAGCGAACGCGUUUUCGUGAAGAGUUCGGUGAUUGAAUCGGCAACGGCGGCCGUGGACGGCGGAAGAGUGAGGACUUGGAUUGAUAAAAGGCUUAAGGACUCGUUCCCUGAAGACGUAGCUGAUAAGCUAAUCCGUUUGGGUUUGGAUUGCGUACACGUGGAUCCAAUCGAACGGCCCAACAUGGGACGCGUGGCAGGGAAGAUUUCGAAGCUUUAUUUAGCUUCAAAGAAAUGGUCCGAUAAUUUAAGAGUUCCAACUGAGAUUUCCGUUUCGCUUGCCCCUCGAAAUUAAUUUAAUUUAAUUGUUAUUAAUUUUAAAAUAAUUAAUUAUUUCUGGCGGCGGAAGAAAGUAGUUUUUUAUAUUUAUGGGUUCAAAUAUGGAAUGUUUUGAAUUUUGUUUGUUUGAUAAAAUUAUUUAUUCUUUGGAUAA